AUGCGUCUUUUGCGCUACGACGAACAUGACGAGCUCGGGAUUGUCAGCUUCGAUGAUCGCGCAACACCGCCUUAUGCGGUAUUGUCACACACAUGGGGAGCGGAUGCGGAGGAGGUGACCUUCGCCGACCUUGGGACAAGCGAAGGCAAGGCCAAGCGCGGCUACAAAAAGAUUCGCUUCUGCGGACAACAAGCACGGCAAGAUGCCCUGCGGUAUUUCUGGGUUGACACCUGCUGCAUCGACAAGACGGACAAGGCUGAGCUCUCUCACGCUAUCCGAUCCAUGUUUCGCUGGUAUCAGAACGCGACGACAUGCUACGUGUAUCUGUCAGACGUAUCGACAAGGAUGAGGGAAGCUGACGACAUGCUCGACAUAUUCACUUAUGAGUCUGCUUUCAGGGCAAGCCGAUGGUUCACGCGUGGCUGGACGCUACAAGAGCUUCUUGCCCCAAGCACUGUCGAGUUCUUCUCUCAAGAGGGGGCGAAGCUUGGUGAUAAGAGAUCGCUCAAAUUCUUGAUUCACAAAAUCACCAGUAUCUCACUCGAAGCUCUCGAUGGAGCUCCCCUUUCACAGUUCAGCGUCAACGAACGAUUGCGGUGGAGAGAAGGCCGGGUGACCAAUCGCGAAGAAGACGGAGCGUACUCGCUGCAAGGCAUCCUGGAUGUCGAGUUAGCGCCAAUGUAUGGCGAAGGUGCAACUGGUGCUUUCAGACGUCUGAUAGAUGAGAUUCACAAGCUAGAAAGAUGCGUUCAAUACGUACGCCACACGGAUCCGCGUGACGACAAGAAGCGCAUCGAGGAGUCCAAUGGCGGAUUGCUAGCUGACUCCCAUCGCUGGAUUCUUUACAAUGCUACUUUCCAGCAAUGGCAGCGAGACCCACACAGCCGACUGCUGUGGGUGAAAGGCGAUCCCGGUAAGGGAAAGACGAUGCUGCUCUGCGGCAUCAUAGACGAGCUGCAUAGCGUACUGCCUAAGACUUCUCUUCUAGCGUACUGCUUCUGCCAAGCAAGCGACUUGCGCAUCAACAGCGCUAGAGCCGUGCUACGAGGACUCUUGUAUAUGCUGGUGAGCCAGCAACCGUCGCUUGUAUCGCAUGUCCUUAAGAAGCACGAUCAUGCGGGCAAAGCCUUGUUCGAAGAUGCGAAUUCCUGGGUCGCAUUGACACAGAUCUUCGCGGACGUGCUACGAGACCCACAGCUAAGGGAUACAUACCUGAUCAUUGAUGCACUCGACGAGUGUGUCACUGAUCUGCCGAAAUUGCUUCGUUUCAUCGCUAAGCAGUCUUCUGCGUCUUCCCGUAUCAAGUGGAUCAUGUCGAGCCGCAACUGGCCAGAGAUUGAAGAGCAGCUGGAGGAAGCCUGGCACAAGGGCGGGUUGAGCCUCGAGCUAAAUGCGGAGUUGGAUGCGGCGAGGAAGCUUGCCUUGACCAUUAAGCAAGAGGUGGACCAGCUGGCCCAGGAAGGGCAGUAUGAGGAAGAGACUCGACAUGCUGUGAUGCAACAUUUCAUGUCAGAUGCUAGCGGUACGCCUCUUUGGGUAACGUUAGCGUGUCAAGUUCUUGCAUUGACACCAAAAGACAGCGUGCUGGACAAGCUAGCCUCAUUUCCCCCUGGGAUAGAUUCCUUAUACAAACGGAUGUUGCGCCACAUCAGAGAAUCAGGCCGAGCUGAGACCUGCCGGCAGGUACUGGCAUUGACUGCAGUCUUAUAUCGGCCGGUUACAAUUUCCGAACUUGUUGCGCUCGUGGAGCUACCUGAGGACUAUCCCACUACCCUUGGGUCUGUACGAAAGACCAUCAGCCUUUGCAAAUCGUUCCUUGCUCUGCAAGAAGACCAAGUUUUCUUUGUGCACCAGUCCGCAAAGGAUUUCAUUUUUGAAGAGGCGUUUGAUGAGAUUUUUCCAGAUGGAACCCAACCUAUCCAUCAAAUGAUCUUUUCCAGAUCGCUCGUGACUCUGUCCGAGACAUUGCACAGGGACAUGUACAACCUGGAAGAACCAGGAUACCCUAUUGAGGACGCCAAACCGCCUAAUCUGGACCCGCUAGCAUCGUCACGCUACUCUUGCGUCUACUGGGUCGAUCACCUGUUCGACUCAAGACUCAAGUUCCAGGCGAACAGUGUUAGUGGCCGGCAAGUUGUAAUUCUCGUCGAUAUGUUUUUGAGGGAGAAGUAUCUCUACUGGCUAGAAGGGCUCAGUCUGUGCAGAAGCAUGGCAAAAGGCGUAGUCUCUAUGUCAAAGCUCUGCUCUCUAGUUCAGGACAUGCCGGGUGCAGACAAGCUGACGAGGCUUGUUCACGACGCACACCGAUUUGUCACGUAUUACAAAAGGGCAAUCGAGAGUUGUCCUCUUCAAACGUAUGCAUCUGCGCUAUUGUUCAGUCCAAAAGAGAGUUUAGUUCGGAAGACGUUCCAGCAUGAAGAGCCGAAGUGGAUUACCGUUGAGCCAACCGUGAACGACAGCUGGGGAGCGUGCCUGCAGACUUUCGAGGGUCACAGUGAUGUCGUCACGUAUGCCGCCUUUGUGCUCGACGGCAAGCGGUUAGCAUCGGUGUCUUGGGAUAGCACCGUGAGAAUCUGGGAUGUCGAGACGGGCGAGCUGCGGGCUACAGUCAAAAGCCGCGACGGCCUAAUGGACUUCUCACGCGACGGCAAGCGGCUGGCUUCGCACGCCGAUGACGGUAAUCUCAAGCUCUGGAAUACCGAGUCUGGCACGGUCGUUGCGGUGCUCGAAAGCCAUGGCGAGAAGCCUACUAUGAGCCACGGCGCAUGCGAUUUUCCAUUAGCCUUCUCGCACGACAGCAAGCUGUUAGUUUCUGGUUCAGAAGACAACAAUGUUAGGCUAUGGAAUGCUGAGUCUGGCGCAGCUGUUAGGAUACUUGAGAGCGAUGGCCUGACUGUCCUGUCUGUGGCUUUCUCUCCGGAUGGCAAACGAUUGGCGGCAGGCUUGGACUAUGGUAUUAUUAAGCUCUGGGAUGUCGCCUCGGGCAUUGCCAUCGCAACGCUUAGGAAUCAUAGUAUCGGAGUCUUCUCUGUAGCCUUCUCGCCGGACAGUAAGCGGCUAGUUUCAAGCUCGUGGGACCAUACUGUCAGGCUUUGGAAUGCUGAUUCUGGCCUACUGGUUGCAACGCUCACGAGCCAAGACGUGUCUGUCUUCUCCCUGACCUUUUCUGGAGAUAGCAAGCGACUGGCAUCUUACGCUGAUGACGGCAGCGUCGGGCUCUGGGAUGCCAAGUCCGGCGCUGUCAUCGCGAUGCUCAAGGACCACGGCGAGAAAUUUACCAUGAGCCACGGCGCAUGCGAUUUUCCAUUAGCCUUCUCGCACGACAGCAAGCUGUUAGUUUCUGGUUCAGAAGACAACAAUGUUAGGCUAUGGAAUGCUGAGUCUGGCGCAGCUGUUAGGAUACUUGAGAGCGAUGGCCUGACUGUCCUGUCUGUGGCUUUCUCUCCGGAUGGCAAACGAUUGGCGGCAGGCUUGGACUAUGGUAUUAUUAAGCUCUGGGAUGUCGCCUCGGGCAUUGCCAUCGCAACGCUUAGGAAUCAUAGUAUCGGAGUCUUAUCCAUAGUCUUCUCUUCCGACAGUAAGCGGCUAGUUUCAAGCUCGUGGGACCAUACUGUCAGGCUUUGGGAUGCUGAGUUUCGCGCGGAGGUCACGAGGCUUGAGAACCAUGACUCAUCCGUUCACUGCGUAGCCUUUUCACCAGACGGCGAGUGGCUGGCAGUAGGCUCAGGCGACUGUACCAUUUCGCUCCGGGGUGACAAAUCUGGUGAUGUAGCCGCGACCCUGGUGGGCCACAGUGAAUGUGUUACCUCCCUGGCCUUCUCACCGAAUGGCGCGUUGUUGGCUUCAUGCUCGGGAGAUUGUACCGUCAGGCUCUGGGAUGUUGAGUCUCGCACGGAGGUCGCGAGAUUCGACGACCACAGUGAAUACAAUUCAGCAACUGCCAUCGCUUUUUCGCCAGAUGGUAAACAACUGGUUUUAGGCUCAGGUGAUUGCCAUGUCAGGCUUGUUAGUGCCGAACACGGCGAGGUGGGCAAGUUGCAGGCAACGCUUGGAUCGAGCAAUAGCCCUGUCACCACUUUCGCAUUCUCGGCGGAUGGGAAACGAUUGGUCACCGGCUCGGAACAUGGUAUUUUCGAUCUGUGGGAUCUUAAGCCAAGCGCUCUGCCUGCGAGAAUCUCUUUAAGAGCUCCUGUUUUUCGAGAAAACUUUUCUGCGGUUGGCUCCUACGAAAACACUAACACGGGUUUUAUCAGACUCAACUCUGAUAUGCAACUGACGCAUAACCAGGGUGAUCUAUUCGUGGCUGGCGAAUGGGUCAUGCUAGGCUCUCAGAGGCUUCUAUGGUUGCCCCCGGAUUAUCGUGCAACCUGUACCGCAGUAAAUGGACGGAACAUGGUUCUGGGUCAUACUUCCGGCCGCGUGAGCUAUUUUCAUUUCGAGUGUCCGCACCGCAAUUCACAAUUUGACUUCCCACCAGAACUUGGGUCUCCAACUCACAACAAAGAAGACACAAGACAAUCCGAGGCAACUCUAUACGACCCCAUGUUCUCCUUCAGCUUGCCAUUGCUCGUGGACAAGGUCUUGCGACACAUACCUAUCACAGUCCUAGAGCCUCCAGUACCUCCAGGAAAAACACGUGUCCACUGGACAUCGAGUGGCAAGAGCAUGUUCGAUGACUAUGUUGAGCUAGAUUCUGGCGCUGCAGUGGAGCUCGAGGCAGCACUGUCGAAGCGAUACACGCUCUCAGAACAGACUGGUGGUAAUGGAAGACCAAUGUCCGGAAUUCUCCAGCGAUUCCGCAACGUUUUUGGUCGGCAAAAUGGAGCCCAAAAGCAGUUGCGCUUAGACGCUGAAGAAGGAAAACAUACCUUGCAGGCACCCUUUCAGGGACCUGCUCCGAUUGCUCAUGCUGGAGUGUUUGGAAGAGAAGAUGAAACCCCAAAACAAGAAGCUCUUCGCCUACUGUUAUGUGUGGAUGACGGGAGGGCGAAGACAACACUGAAGCAGGAAGUGCUUCAGAACAUCAACGAUGACCGUGAGCUUUUUACUCAUCUACGUAAACAGUACUUUACGAAGCGCAGUUGGUUCACCUUGCGAAGCGUCGGGACUCUGUCCCUGGCCCAGGUAGGCUUUCAAGUGCCAACAGAUCCGUGUGAAUACUGA